CUAAACUGUAGCCAAACAUGUAAAACUAACCUGGCACGCUUCAAUAAUUCAUUUGAAUAAAUUAUUAAAAAUAUGUGCUGUCAAUCAGCAGGAAAGAAAAAAACCAAACUAACCAGGCAGCAGCUGAUCUGAAGCUCAACCAAUCAGAGAAGAGAUCCCGCCCCCUCUCUGCAGCGUCUCGACCAAUCAGAGCAGCGCAUCCCUCCAUUUCCUGUUGUGGUGUCGAGGAGUUGGACGCGCAGCAUUCCUCUGGUCCACAAUGUGAAUUAUUAUAGCAGCACAGGAAUGUGUCUGCACGACUUUACUCUGCUUCUGCACAGCUGUUGCUCAUGACCAGAGCUUCACAGCAUGGGCCUUCGAGAUGGCAGGUAUCCUCUGUUGCACCUGAUGUCAUGUUGUUGAUAUUCCCUUGACAACCGCGGAUCGGAUACCUAUAAUCAGGGGCCAUCAUGCCCAUCACGCUGCUGUGGGCCGUGGACGUGUACGGCAGGGUGUACGGCCUCUCCACGGCCGGCCAGCGCUGGGAGCGAGCAGACGACAUGCUGCUGGAGCUGAAGCGUGUCACCGCGGGGAAGGGCCGCUGCUGGGGCGUCGGCUGCGACCACCACAUUUACCUCAACAUGAUGCCCAGCGAGACCCCCAUCCGCUACCGGGAGGAGACCUAUGAGAACCAGAGGUGGAACCCAGUGGACAGCUUCACCGACACACUGCUGCCCACCGACCGCUGGCCGUGGAGCGACGUGACCGGGAUGAAUCCUCAGCCGCUCCACAGCUUUGAGCUUCCCUCCCGCAGCUGGGAGUGGGAGGGAGACUGGUAUGUGGAUCAGAGCUGUGGAGGAGAACCCAGCCAGACCGGGGGCUGGGAGUACGCAGUCGACUUCCCGGCCAACUUCUCCCCGGACAAGAAGUGGAACUCUUGUGUUCGUCGCAGGCGGUGGAUCCGCUACAGGAGAUACACAGCGCAAGGCACCUGGGCGAAGAUUCCUCUGGACAAUCCCAGGAAGCCCCCGCUGCCGCUCUGUGACAUAAGCUGUGGUGGUUGGGAGAUGAGUGACCAGUCUGGACGGUAUCCCUACCUCUGGGGCGUGUCCCAACAAGGAGAGGUUUGGUUCAGGGAGGGCAUCCACCCUCGGGUCCCAGAGGGCUCCAGCUGGGAGGAAGUAGAAGUGCCCAAGGAGGUGGCUCAGUUAUCGGCGGGCCCCGGAGACCUGCUGUGGGCUCUACUGUGGGACGGGAACCUGCUGGUCCGUACCGGCCUCAGCCUGGACAGCCCGACUGGCACGUCGUGGGUGGAGGUGGAGUCGCCAGCAAAGGAGGUCGAAGCGCUUCACGUGGCCGUUGGCGUUAGCGUGGUCUGGGUGGUCACUAAAGACUAUAAGGUUUGGUUCAGGCGCGGCGUGAACUCCCACAAUCCCUGUGGCUCCGGCUGGAUCAGCGUUGGAGGGGAGAUGAUGGUGGUGGAUGUCGGACUCAAUGACCAGGUUUGGGCGGUGGGGGAGGACCGCGGCCUGUAUUUCAGAAUGGGGGUGGCGCUGUCUGAACCAAGCGGGAGCGGCUGGAUUCCUGUUUCUGCCCAGUCGGGCAACAGUAAAGAGGUCAUCCCUCCCAGAAGGAAGGAGUGUGAGUUUGGUGGUCAGCUGACCGAGGCCUCACAAGGCUCGGUUCUGAGCUGCACCGACUCGGACUCAGAUCUAGGUCCAACCGAUCCACAAAACUGCACCGAAGACGCCGCGGUCCUAGAGGCAGCAGCCCCCUCCGUGGUCCCGUUAGGGGGAGCCGACACACCUACACCUCCACCCCCCCUGAAACCGGAGGACACCCCCUCAGCCUCCCGACAGGACGCACCCAAACCGUUCAUCCCUGCCAGCGACAGCUUCAUCAACAGCCUGGUGUCAGACCGAGACAAAACCUCCACGCCUCAGCUGGCCGUCGCAGAGGUGCCGCAGGAAGAAGCGGAGGAGCCGUCCCCGGCACCGAUACUCCCGACCCCAGACGCCGCGGGACACGACGUCCCCUGGAUGAACGUGGACCUGGAGGGAGCAGAGGCAGCUCGGUGUGCGCAGGCGGCAAGGUCUUCGUUGGCGGACGGCGGCGGCGCCGCCACCUACGCCCUGGGGACCCCCGGUGUUGGAGAAGAGGACGCGCCAGUGUGGACCUGGAUCUCUGGUGGAGGCUGCGAUGUGGACGCCAGUUCACAGAUCAGCUGGCUUAGUCCUGCAGGUCCUCUCACCAGCUCCCUGUCACUGACGCCGGUCCAGUCGGCGUCCUGGAGCGAACAGCAGCAGCAGGAACACCGAGAGGAGAUCAGCAAGAAACCGCUGGAGAGAACCCACUCGGUGUGGAUGCGUAAAGGUGCGUUGCGUUGGUGGCGAGACUGGAAGCCUCAGCGCUGGGUGGACGUGAGCGUCGCUCUGGAGCAGUCCACCAAGUCCGACGGCAGGAAGGACAGCAUCUUCUUUGUCUACUACACGCAGUACGAUGAGAAGAAGUACCUUCAUGUGUUCAUUAACGAAGUGACGGCGCUGGUUCCGGUGCUCAGGGACUGCCACUAUGCCUUUGCCGUGUACACCGCCCACAGGACCAGACAGAGGUGGCCUCUGGUGCUGGCAGCUCAGACUGAGAAGGACAUGACCGACUGGUUGUCCAUGUUGUCCGACUGUUGCUGUGAGUGUCGAGGGAUCACAGGUCCCCCGUCCAAACAGGCCCUGUGGUCCACCACCUCAAAGGGGGACGUCAUGGUCCAUGAGCCGUCCUUCUCCCUGGAGGCCGCUGCAAACACGCUGGCUGGCGUCCUCAUGUUCUGGCGGCAGGUCCCGGGUCACCUGCGCUGCGUAGAGUCUAACAGUCUGGGGCUGGUGUGGGGCAUCGGGUGGGACGGCACCGCCUGGGUCUACAGCGGGCGCGAAGGGCAGCAGCCCACCGCGGGAGCUGAAGCUCAGACGCAGCAGCAGACGGACGUCAGGAGUGUUCAUGUGUACGAGAAUCAGAGGUGGAACCCGAUGACGGGAUACACAGACAAAGGACUUCCUACAGAUCGCCCCAUGUGGAGCGAUGAGAGCGGACUGAAGGAGUGCACUAAAGGAAACACUCACCCGCCCUCCCCUCAGUGGUCCUGGGUGUCAGAGUGGGCUGUGGACUACAACGUCCCUGGAGGGACAGACAAAGAAGGCUGGCAGUACGCCGCAGACUUCCCUGUGACGUUUCACGGCCACAAAACCAUGAAAGACUUUGUGAGGCGCAGAAGAUGGACGAGGAAGUGUAAGAUCACAUUAAGAGGUCCGUGGCAGCAGGUCCCGCCCAUCCGUCUGAGUGACAUCUCUGUGAUGCCGUGCCUGGCCCAGAGCAGGAUGGAGCAGGUCCCCGUCUGGGCCCUCAGUGACAAGGGGGACGUCCUGUGUCGUCUGGGAGUCUGCCCCGAAAACGCUGCGGGCAGCUCCUGGCUACACGUGGGCACCGACCAGCCCUUCAAGUCCAUCUCCAUCGGCGGAGCCAACCAGGUGUGGGCCAUCGCCAAGGACGGAGCCGUGUUCUACAGAGGCUCCGUCUCCCCACAGAACCCUGCAGGAGAAUGCUGGUACCACAUCCCGUCCCCCCUCAGGCAGACUCUCAGACAGCUGUCUGUCGGGAGGACCUCCGUCUUUGCUGUGGAUGAGAACAGUAACUUGUGGUACAGACAGGGCCUCACCCCCAGCUACCCUCAGGGCUCCGCCUGGGAGAUCAUCUCUAACAACGCCACCAAGGUGUCUGUGGGACCGCUGGACCAGGUGUGGACCGUAGCAGAUGGAGUCCCAGGAUUCCCUGCUGAGACUCCUGGAGCGGUCUGCCACCGGCUGGGGGUGGGCCCCAUGCAGCCCAAAGGCCAGUCCUGGGACUACGGUAUCGGGGGAGGAUGGGAGCACAUCAGUGUGAGGGGGAACUCAGCAGAGGCUCCUCGCGCCCCCCAUCCUCCUGCUGUCGGACCCCCACGCAGCCCGCUGCCUCCGACACAAGUGAACGGGAACGCCGUGGGCGUGUAGCACCAUCCCACCUCCUCCUCCUCUUCCUCCUCUUCCUCCUCUUCCUCCGCCCCAGCCCUGUUUGUGCCUGGAUCCACAUUCCCACAGGCCCUUAUAUCCCUUCAUGUAAAGGGAAUGCACAAUCACACCACUGAGUUUAUAACACUGUAUGUUUUGGGUCGGAUCUGAUCGAUGGAUGGAUGAAUGUUACUUCCUGGAAUCAUGUCGGCGUGCAGCGAAGACAAAACAGAAACAAGGGAGCACGAGAGCAUUUAAUGGAUCUCGUGGGAUGAAGAUGUAAAAGUGAGUGCAUGUGUUUGCUCUUACUCCAUGUAGGCUUUGGCUGUUGGGUGUUCUGGGAUCUAGCAAUAGCUUUUAUUCUUCUAUACAAUAACCUGUUAAAACCUAAGAGGGUGGGACUCUGAUCAAGGGCUAAGGCUUGGGUACUAAACACACAAUCCCACUGGAGCCUCGGUUUCUAGACUUUUGUUUGCCUGUCAUACAUUUGCAUGUGAUUUAAAUUAUUUAUUUAUUUAUUUAUGCAUUUGUUGAAUUUUGUUUCUCCAUAUGUUUUGGCCUAUUAUAUGUUUGCAAUGGAGUGUUUUUCGGGCUGAACGAGCCUUCCGAAUAUUGAAGGCUUUUUUCAAAAAGGACUGGUGGUAAAAUUUGAGAUCUUCACACUUCAGGAAAAAUAUAAUGCUCUUUAAUUACAGAGAAUAAAUAUGGGAAAUUGAGUCUGCAUUGAUACCUCUCUGUCCUCCUGCAAUAAGUUAACGCUCUUCCUGUCAGUAUUAUAUCCAUCUACAUACCUGCUAUGACCACGACUGUUGUAAUCCCACAGCAGCUCUGAAUGUCACCACGACUCGACAUUCAUCUUUACGAGGGGCAUUGAGAUGUGAAAUAAAAAAGUCUAAAGACA